UCAAAGAAUAAGCAUCUCAAGGCAUGAGAAGGCGAGCUCCGCGACCGCGUUCACCGACAGCAGCCGCUCGACAAUGAGAAGGUGUGGAGGCUCGGCCGCCGCUGUCGGACGGGGAGCUCGUGUGGAGCUGGUCAUUAGACGCCAGGGUGAGAGCUAGAGACUGCCUUUCAUGAGUGGCAGCGGCUCUGUCUGCUGGGAUAUUGUUCGGAGGAAAAGUGCGGCGAUAUCGGACGACGUGUCUAUAACUGAUUCAUGUCAUGUCAGCGGGGCGCAGUGUGGACGGGCGGGAGCAGCAGGUGGCGCUGCAGCAGUGCUUCACUACGCGUGAAGGUUUCCUGCCUCUGCGCGAAGGCUUCAGAGAUCACUUUGUCAUGCCACCUGAGCCCAAGUACUGCUGCGAAGCCUGCCAGUUGGUGCUGUGUAAACCGCGGCAGACGGAGUGCGGCCACCGCUUCUGCGAAACCUGCAUCAAGGACCUGCUCAGUAAACCUAAUCCAGUGUGUCCAGCUGACAGAGAACCACUGUUUGAAGAUAAGAUAUUCCGUGAUGUUUGCUGCUACAGAGAGAUUUUGUCCUUGAAGGUUUACUGCAGGAGCUCCAAGAAUGGCUGUAAAGAGCAGAUGAGUCUACAGCAGGUUAUGGACCACUUGAACGUGUGUGAGUACUUUGAAGUGCCCUGCCCUUUGGGAAAGUGUAAAGAGAAGAUCAUGAGGAAAGACAUGGCCGAGCACUUGAGCCGCAAAUGCAAACACAGAGAGACCACCUGCGAAUUCUGCAAACACAAAAUGGCCCUCACAGAGCUACAGAAACACAAGGAAACGGUGUGUCUUGCGUAUCCAGUGAAGUGUCCUAAUCAUUGUUCGUUUUCCUCUAUAUUAAGGAGUGAGAUGUCCAGUCACCAGCAUGACUGUCCAAAGGCUCAAGUCACAUGCCCCUUUUUUCGUUUUGGCUGUUCCUACAAGGGAUUAAACCAAGAAAUGAGGGAGCACGAAUCAAGCUUUGCCUCAGAACACCUGCGGCUGAUGGUGGCCAGAAACAACACACUAGAAGCCAAGGUGGAAGAAGUGAAGAGUGAGCUGAUGGAACGCUACAAAGUUCUCCCCAGUCUGAGCAGCCGCCUUACAGAAGUGGAUGCGCAGUAUGAGGAGAUGAGGGAGAAAUACCGGCAGCUGGAGCUGAAGCUAUCCUCCAUGCAGAAGCUGAUGAGUUCUCACUCAGAGAAGCUCCUGGAGGUGGAGAUGGAGCUGCGGGACCUGCGGCCGCUGAGGGCGAUGAGGGAUGAAGUGGAAGCUUUGAGGGGAGCUGUGGAGAGCAUGCGCUCUAUGGUAGCAUCUCUCGACUCUGCCCGAACCGGUGCUGGUACACUUACCCUGGCCUCCUUAGAUGAGCAGCUGUCGAGUCACGACCAGAUGCUUAGUGUCCACGACAUCCGGCUGGCGGACAUGGACCUGAAGCUGCAGGUUCUGGAGACGGCCAGCUUCAACGGCACGCUCAUCUGGAAGAUCCGCGACUACAAGAGGCGGAAAGCAGAAGCUGUGGCCUCCAAGACGCUCUCGCUCUACAGCCAGCCCUUCUACACCGGCUACUUCGGCUACAAGAUGUGCGCCCGCGUCUACCUGAACGGAGACGGCAUGGGCAAGGGCACUCACCUGUCGCUGUUCUUCGUGGUGAUGCGCGGCGAGUACGACGCCCUGCUGCCCUGGCCCUUCAAGCAGAAGGUGACGCUCAUGCUGAUGGAUCAAGGCCCGGCACGCAAACACCUGGGUGACGCCUUCAAGCCUGAUCCCAACAGCAGUAGCUUCCGCCGGCCCACCGGAGAGAUGAACAUUGCCUCGGGCUGCCCGCUCUUCGUGGCCCAGACCGUGUUGGAAAACGGCACUUACAUCAAGGACGACACCAUCUUCAUCAAGGUCACGGUGGACACGUCUGACUUACCCGACCCGUGAAGGUCAGGCUAGCCCAUUCGCUUCUAGUCCCAAGGGCCUGGUGCUCAGUGUGGACGUCAGUAGGCCACGGGGGUGGAAAACGGAGAGGAGCUGGAUCCAGGGCAGAGAAUGAAGAGAGAUACACACAAGUGAGUCCUGAGAGUCCCCCGGUCUCAGAGUUCUGGUCCAGAAGAUGUGUGAGGUGUGGUCUUUUUAAGGUCGCCGUUUGUUGGAAGAUGGUUGGAUGGAUGGAUGAAUGGACGGAUGGAAUGGAUCGUGUUCAUUUGCCAGGGUAGUGAAGGUCUACGGCCUGUGGUUAUGGUGUUCAACACAGAGAAGAGCAGAGAAGAGCAACUCUAAUUAAUUAAACAAAACGUGCAUUUGAUGGUAGUGCUGGGGUUAACUGACAAUGUGAGGAGGCGCCUGAAAUAAUAAAUAAAACUGUUCCACACAUCAGCAGCGAAGUCUAUAUAUUUAACGAACAAGAGAUGCCUUGUAUUUGGUUGUAUUCAGUGACAAUUGGAUGUUUUAAUAAAGCAUUGUUUAGUGUAUAAAUGUUCGGAUGAGUCCAUAUAGAGCAGACUUUCGUGAGUAGGAUGUGUCGUGUUUGCAGGCAGUGGUAGUGGCAAAUUUGUGUUGAUGGAACCGGGGAAGGAAAGCAUGAGGAUGUAAGUUGAGCACUAAUAACUGUGCUAGAGCUCCCUCAGUAUGGGGGCAAUAAAAAAAUUAAAAAAAAAAAAAAAAAAA